AUGGUCUUGUUUGGUCCAUUUGCAUUAUUAGCAUUCCCCUUUUCCCUGAUGAUACUUAUGUUGCGGCUUAGAAUUGAAAACUGUGAUAUGGAAUCUUGGAACGAAGUGGGUGAAGAGAGAAAACUCCGGAUUUCAUGCAGUGACCCAGAUGCUACAGAUAGUGAAGAAGAGAGUGAAUUAGCAAAUGGAGAGAGUAAAAGAAAUGGUCGGAAGAGAGUUGUUGUAGAGAUGAAGUUUCCAAGCAUGGCAGAGAAACGUGCGUCGUCCACCAAGUCUAAAGGCGUAAGACUGAGAGCAUGGGGAAAAUAUUGUGCUGAGAUACGAGUCCCUUUUGAAAAUCGGCGAGUGUGGCUUGGUACUUUUAAUACUCAGAAAGAGGCUUCAAUGGCUUACAAUAAAAAGAGGCAAGAGUUUGAUCACAAAAAGGCUCUUCUCAAAGCUCAUGCUUCUUCUCAACCAUCUUAA